GAUGGUACCUGUGUGUGAUUGUGCAAGUUGACUGCCAAAAAUUAGGAGAUAUUGCGAGAUAAAGGCGUGUUUUUGGCGGAGGAGCAGGUGACCAGCGUUGCGAUACGACUCCGCGAUAGUUUUCACAAUUUCGAGCCGCCGGAUCCUCUCAAAAGCCGCCGAAGUACGAUGUGAGCUGGUUGCUCGGGCGUUUAUGCAAUGUUCUAGCUCUCGCCGAGGCCACGGAGCAGCCGGAACAAUAUAGAAUCGGAGGUGGAGGAGCGCCCCAAAGCAGCAGCAACCAGAGGCCCAGGCUGUCCAGAUGACCGUACACACCAUGGAGUAUUCACAAGUCAAGGCAGCACAUCAUCACACCGGCGGAGGAGCUCAGCAGCUGGAGAAUCACAAAGAUCCUCUGGUCGAUGAAGAUCCCGACGAGAUGACCGUAAUGCUGGCCAAUAAGAACUACCACUACGACACAAGCUCAGAGCUAGAGGAGGCUUUUGUUGAGCUCAAAGACGAGGAACCACCUGGGGCUGGAGGUGGUCUCUUUUACACCCAGGAUGAUCAUGAGGAGCAGCCACAUGCACAGGUCACCUGGCUCGACGAUGAUGAAAUCGAGACACUUGACCGGGUGACCUUGGACAUGGGCAACAUGUUUUUUAAUCGUGUCGACAGUCAGGACAUCAUUUAUCAGCAAAAGAAGAAGAACAUCAAGAUGGUGGGCAAGUACAUAAUGGGCGAUGUGCUGGGCGAGGGAUCUUAUGGCAAAGUGAAGGAGGCCAUGAACUCUGAGAACCUCGUUCGACUGGCGGUCAAGAUCCUAACAAAGAGAAAGCUGCGAAGAAUUCCGAAUGGAGAGCAGAAUGUCACCCGCGAGAUUCACCUGUUGAAGCAGCUGAAGCACGAAAACAUAGUCGAGUUGGUGGACGUGCUCUACAACGAGGAGAAGCAAAAGAUGUACCUUGUGAUGGAGUACUGCGUGGGUGGGCUGCAGGAGAUGGUGGACUACCAGGCGGACAAAAAAAUGCCGCUCUUUCAGGCGCACGGCUAUUUCCACCAGCUGGUUGAUGGACUGGAGUAUCUGCAUAGCUGUCGGGUCAUCCACAAGGACAUCAAGCCCGGAAACCUGCUGCUUUCCCUGGAUCAGACCUUGAAAAUAUCUGACUUUGGGGUGGCCGAGCAGCUGGACCUCUUUGCGCCAGAUGACACCUGCACAACGGGCCAGGGUUCACCGGCCUUUCAACCUCCCGAGAUAGCCAAUGGACACGAAACCUUCGCCGGCUUCAAGGUUGACAUUUGGAGCAGCGGAGUGACCCUGUACAACUUGGCCACUGGACUGUAUCCCUUUGAGGGCGACAACAUAUACCGCUUGCUGGAGAACAUCGGACGUGGUCAGUGGGUGGCGCCAGAGUGGCUUUACGAGCUGGACGCUGACUUUGCCAGGCUUAUCUUGGGCAUGCUGCAGGCUGAUCCCAGUAAACGUCUAUCUCUCCAAGAGAUUCGCAAGGACACUUGGUUUAUGUCCGCCCCGCCAGUGACCGGCCCACCGAUACCCAUUCCCCCGCUGAAGGGUGACAAGUACCGCAAUUCCACGGUGCUCCCAUACCUGGAAGCCUACCAUUACGGCAGCGAGCAGGAAGAUGUCUACUUCACCGAGCACGACGUCAACCAGGAGCUCGCCCGGCAAGCUGCAGCCGCCGCCUCCGAGAUCCGAUCCAAACAGUCAGCGGCAACUCUUGCCGCCUACCACGCCUACGAGCCGCCCACGACUAGUGCUGCAGCAGCCGCUGCCGCUGGUCAUUCAAUUAGCAACGGCAGCAGGGAGGAGGCUCCAGUAAAGAAGAAAGGAUCGGCGCUGAAGAGACGCGCCAAGAAGCUGACUUCCUGCAUCUCCGUGCGUAAACUGAGUCACUGCCGCACCUCGUAGGCGGAUGGGAAGCUACUUCCCACUUCAAAUAGCCGCUAAGAGUAAUUCGAGUGUAAUAACUUUGUUAACAAAUUGUGAGCAACUU